UCUGUUAAUGUUAAUCUGGUUGAACUCUUGUACUGCCAAUAUUCGUUAUUUCGUUCCUGAUUUUGUCAAAUAGUUCAACAAACGGAUCUGCCGAUAGCUUAUAGUCGAGUGUUGCAAUUCUAGUCUAUUUUUCUACUAGGCUCCGAUCUAAAAAGGGCACAAAAUGGCCGGAGAAUUGAGACCAGUCGUGACUUUGCAUCCUGAUUUUUCUAAUGCGGCUUCUUCAAUUGGUCAUCUCAACCUGAUAACUAUUGAUGACGCAGUUGGAACAGUUUUCAAACACUAUCCCGGAAUUUUCAAUACUGAAAAUGUUUCCCCGCCACUCAAAUUGCCCAAAAUGCCUAAAUUUAGCCCGGAAUUGAAAAAAGAUAUCACAAACUACAUUGAAAAAGACACAUCUAUUCGAGGAGGCUGCAUUUUGUACGACUAUCACGCAGCUUACGCUUCUGGUUUUGUCAACUUAGAAGAAAAUUUUGAAAAAAGUCCACAAAGCUCGAUAAAUUGUGUGUAUGUUGACGUACAUAGUUGCAAACUAAUACUUUUCGUUACUGCUCAAAUCAGAGAUAAAAUGAAAUCAGGAACACCUAAUUCGGAACAAACCAUUGCCGAAAAAGUGAUAUCCCAGUUGGAGUUGAUAGAAAAACUUUUCGAUCUGAGUAAAAUAAUUCAUAGUUUUGUCGAAGUUAGACUCCUCGUUGAGUUCAGCAAACCAGGAGCAUCGGAGAAAACUGCCGAAGAAGCGACUGAAAGAAUAAAAGUUCAUGUUACUAAUGGGUUGAGCAAAUGGACCGAAAAUCAAAUCUGUUUCUCAUUUGCCUACAAACCGAAUAAAAACAAACCAUUCGGUCUCACGGUUUUAUUUUCAAAAGAAGACAAAUUUUCGGACAGCCGAGACCCUGUCAAAAUCAAAAUCGAUUUUGAUAAAAUUGUUGCAUGCAUGAUUUUGACAUGUCCGAAAAUUUACCGGUUCUUUGUAAAUCCGACCUCAAUUCCAUCGGUUAACGGCACUUCAUUUUCACCCGCAAAUGUGGACGAAGUUAUUACAUCCAUUUUUGGCCUAUAUUUCCCAGAAUUUGGCGAGAAGUUGGAGACCUUACCCAGUUUAGAUGUGGCGCCCAUUAGCUUACUGGACAAGGAAAAUCCAGGUAGUGUUUUGCAGAGCAAUGAUGAUGGUACCCGAAAAUUUCUCGCAGAGCUGCGCGAUUUUUGGAUGAAGUUUUUGCGUAGCUACCAGCUUUCGCACGGAGUUUUGCUAUAUACAGUUGAUCAGAAAACAAUUGGGAAAAUUUUCACGAGGGUGAACAAAAAUGACUCUUUCGAAUGUGAUUGGUUGUGGUGCACAGCCAAGGGAUUUAUUUCAUUUGAACUUGGAUUAACGUCAUCCCCGCAAGAACCCAAAAGUGCCAUUGCCAACAAACUCAAACAAAUUACUUUGACAACCGCUCCCAAACUUCACCUAAUUGUUUUGAGUUUGUGGAUCCAUUUUCACAAAUCUAGAACACCCGGUCUUGAAAUCAGCGAAGAAUUUUUGCAAAAAGGAUACCAUUUUAUCAGACGUUAUGUUAAAUUUGUAAUUUAUAUCACCAACACAAAUAAAGUCGCAGUUGACAACUUUUUAGCCGGUUUUGUGCCUAAGAAAGAAGAGAUUUCCUAUGAAUUUCUACCUCAAGUUUGCUUUUUGUUGAAAGAAAAGUCUUUGAAAAGCGAAGAAUUGCGGCUGUACGGAAUUUCGAAGAAAGAAAACUUUCUUUCACUUGGUAAUGCUGAGCUUUCUAUCGAUGCUCUAUUUCCAUCGGAGGAGGAAAAUUCCAGCUCAAGUUAUGGUAGCGCUGAGCAUGGACCAUUUUUGGAAACGGCCAAAACUAGCGGUGAAGACUGUGUAAAUGAAACCAUUCAAGUUUUGAGGUACAUUUCCGCAAUGAUGAUUAUUGGGAAUUUUCAAGAGCAGUCUGAAAGCGCAUUCUUGUCAAUUUCACAGAGAAUAAAUCCAGAAAAGUACCAGAAGGCUGCUGGAAACUUAGAUGAAAACCUCCUCAAACAGUGGAUGAAACUGGAUAUUCUUCCAAGUAUCCAGCAGUACAGAUUACUAGAGAGAGACCUGAGAUUCGUUCACAUUUAUGGGGAGCCAGGCACGGGAAAAACGACGCUUUUGCAAAUUGUGGCUAUUCAGGAAGCGAUGAAAAGCAACAUCGACAAAGUCUAUUUUGCUGUUCCAGAGUCCAAAUAUUGGCUGAGAAGACAAUUAAAAGAGUUCGUUCAAAAAUCUGAUUGUGACUUCUUUGCUCAAAAAUUUGAGCUGAUUGAUCUGGAAAAAUCAUGCAGAGAAGACAAAUGGUCGACGGUUACUUGGAGACAUUUGCAUAGAAGUGUACUACUAGUUGAUGAAGUCAGAUUUGAGUCCCCGCAAAUGAUUGAACUUCAGCCAACAUUUGAAGAGCUCUUCCCUCACUUUGGCAAAGUGUGGAUCAGCAAUAUGGCACCGAUUGACCUCAAUCAAAUUCAAGGCCAAGGGAAGUUCAUCGGCCUAGAAGGAUUCCAUCUAGUUACACUAAACAUACUCUUCAGAAGCGCUGCUCAUAUUGGCGCUCUUUCAUCGAAGUUCUUUCACGCCCGACGUCCCUUUGAUCACGUGAGCGCGAGACUUACUCAGUGUUUUUUGACCAACCAGUCGAAAGACAUUUUCGAGCAACCUUUGCCCUAUAAAAAAGUGGACGACCUUGAACUAAAAUCUGCCGACCCAAGUUACCUCAUAAUUAUUUUGGCCGAUCGAAAUGAAGAAUUCGAGUCGUUAGCCGACCAGCAUGGAGAUAGAGUGAUUGUAGUGAACCGUGAUCAGCUAGGACCCGACGCGAACUUCGAUUUCAGCUUCGGAGGCGCUGAAGUUUCUGUCUUGUUUUUCGUCAUCCACUUUCUCUCCGAAACAGAAGUUCUGCAAAACGAAGAUUAUAUGUGUGCAGUUUUGAAAGUACUUGCCGAAGGAUUCACUCGCGCGCGUUUCAAUUUCCGUUUUUACGUCAAUGACAAACAUCUUGACUUUUUCAAGGCAGUUCUGUCUAUUGUCAGCUGUGAGUUUGAGGAUACUUUGAUCGAGGCCAGAAACGGAGAAUCGGAGGUUGAUAUUUCUCAGAUAACCGAAAGAACAAGAAUCUCCUCUGAGGUUGCAAGAGCUGCCGUGAUUUCCCAAAACAUCCAAGUACUGAAACGAAUGAACAACAAGUUCAUUAAGAAUCUCGAUUAUUCCGAGAUAGCACGAAUAAUUUCAAUUCUUCACGCUGACAUGUCGACGCAGUUUCUAGGAAAGUUUGCGGAGCUUUUUGGUGAACUUAUCAAACCGAUGUUGACAAAUUCGAUCCACGCUGAAAUGAACAUAACCAAUCGAAGCGCGACUUAUAACGAUUUAAUAGCAAACUGCAACGUCGUGAAAUCUGUCUAUGAAUUCCUGAGGAAACGAUGUGUGAAAGUCCUUGAAAUGCUUUUCGGCCUUCUUUCCGAAGAUUCACUUAAGAUCUUGCUAGAAAUAUCCACCAACUUACUAUAUCACGGCGCGUUCAGCGGAGACCUCACAACGUUUAAAUUUGUAGGCGAUCUUCUGAAAAAAUUUGACCUCUGGGAAGACCGUAUCAAUGAAUUAUAUUUUUCAGAAGUCGAAAAAAGUCCACAUAAUUCAAAAACCAGUCAAGCUUUUACAAUAUUGGCGAUGAUAUGCAAAAAUAACUCCAGCACUUCAUGCGUGAAAUUGCUGCUUGAAAAUGGAUUCACCAGAUUUAAUUUAAAAUACAAACACAAUUGCUUGUAUUACGCAAUCUGGUUUGGGAAUCUAGAGACAGUCGAAGCUUUGCUUGAAAAUGCAGUAGCAAGGAAAUGUUAUCUAGACGACUGUGCUAAUGAUUAUGAUGGAAAAACUGCUUUAGAGUUUUCCAAGCUAAUAGGAAAUGAGAAAAUAACUGCCGUACUAUCAAAGUUAGUAUAGGUUAUCUGAAGUAGGAUAAAAAACAGUUAAUCUUAAUAUGUUAAAAAAUAUUUGUAUUUGGCAUUCAAAAGCAUAGAAAAACUCCUUGUUCCAUGCUUUGUAUAGUGCUGAUUUAAAUUUUUUGGAAAA